UGUCCUUCUCUUUUAAACUGUCUGUGUUGGUUUCAAUCUUACGCUGACUUUUCUGCAAGAGAAUCCAACAUAAAUGCAUUCCAUAGUUGUUCAGUCUCUACCAUAAAUGCCAUCACUAUCAUCUUGACUGCAAUAUUUCUUCUCUCUCAUACUACUAGUUCUGUGCAAAAUGAAAACCAAAAUAUUGCAAAAUCUCUUUCAUUGUUUCAGCAUGUUUUUUGCCUCAAUGAUGAUGCAACUUCUCCAAUGCUACAGAACAUGCAUUUAUUGCUAUUAAUUAUGCAUGCCCCCAUCCAAUAAUAAUGCCACCUCAGAUUACACACAACUUUUUCACAAAUCCAUGUUCUUCCCUAUUUAUUACUAUCUCACCUUACUUUCAGUCUUCUGUGCUUUUUCUUUAGUGUUGAAAACAUAUAUGCUCCAAAUUCUGCAUUUUUUGUGCUUUUGUGUUUGAGAAUUGAAGAGAGAAAUUAAUUAGAAUGGGAAGGACACCAUGUUGUGACAAGAAGGGUUUGAAGAAAGGACCUUGGACUACUGAAGAGGAUGAAAUUCUUGCUAACUAUAUCAACAAAAAUGGUGGUCAUGGAAGCUGGCGUUCUCUCCCCAAGAUCACAGGUCUUCUUCGUUGUGGUAAGAGUUGCAGGCUUAGGUGGACCAACUAUCUCAGACCUGACAUUAAACGUGGUCCCUUUACUUCUGAGGAAGAAAAACUAGUCAUACAGCUUCAUGCCAUCCUUGGAAAUAGGUGGGCUGCAAUUGCAUCUCAGUUACCAGGAAGAACGGACAAUGAGAUAAAGAACUUCUGGAACACGCAUUUGAAGAAACGUCUGAAAAGCAUGGGGAUUAAUCCAGAAACACAUGAGCCAGUAGCUUCAUCAAGUUACCCCAAUCACAAGUCACAUGCCUCGAUUUCGACACGUCACAUGGCUCAAUGGGAGAGUGCAAGGCUUGAAGCAGAAGCAAGACUCUCAAUUGAGUCAUCAUCACACUUCAACAACAACAACAAUCCUAAUUCCAUUACAAAAACUGAUUCUUCUUCUUCUUCUGAUUACUUUCUCCGUAUAUGGAACUCUGAAGUUGGAGAUGCAUUUCGCAAUGUUAACAAAAUUACUAGUUGUUGUCAGAGUCCUAUUUCUGCAGGAUCAUUAUCUACCAACAAAUGUGACUCUGUUAUAGCAGAGUUAGCCUCUAAUAAUCCAAUAAGCAAUAGUGUGAAAGAAGAGUUUGAGUGGAAAAACUAUAAGUUUUGUGCUGAAGAUUUGAUUCUUGGAUAUGAUUCAUCAAGCUCUAAUGACAUGGAUGAUUCAUCAGACACUGCUUUGCAGCUCUUGUUGGAUUUUCCUAUGAACAAUGACAUGAACUUCUUGGAAAACUCUUUUGCUUUUUCCCUUUAAGCAUUUGUCACUACUAGUAUGAAGCGAAAAAAAAAAUAUUCUAAUUCUUUUGUUACGAAAUUUCGUGCGGAAUUAGGGACAUAUUUCAUAUUUUUCUACUCUAAAUUUCUUUUGUUAUUUUUCUUUUUCUGGUUGUGUGUAUAAUGU